AUGACUGUUUCGACAAGAACAUUAACGACGGUUUUUAAUAAUACAUUUCCAAAACUUCUCCGACAAACUACAAACAUUAAACAAGUAAUUAGUUUAUCGUUGAAAUGCAAUAUAACAUAUGCAUUAUAUAAAAGUUAUUGCAUGCAUCUGGGUGAGGAUGAGGAACAUGAGAUUUUCCGGUGCUGGAAGUCCCAUGCUCAUCGGGCUAACAAAUGGGGAGGAAUGAGUACGAUGAACUGCUAUGGAGAGACGGAACCAGUAAUGGAUGACAGAUUUUGGGAAAGUCAAACCGAUCCGAAAAUGCUGAGGAUACUGGAAUCGUCGUUGCACAAUUUGAACGCCAAAGGAGUGAAUGUGCAGAUUAUAAACAUAACGCAACUAACACAAUGCAGAAAAGAUGGACACCCUGCUCUUUACAGGAAACAUUGGCGUCCCUUAACCGACGAGCAAAAAAAGAACCCGCAACUUGCUUCAGAUUGUUCACACUGGUGUCUUCCUGGAGUUCCUGAUAUUUGGAAUGAACUUCUCUUGGCUUACAUUUUCCGUUAA